AGUUUUUUAAAUUGUACAUAAGAAUAAAAACAGUUAUAAUUAUUAGAUUAACAUCUAAUCAUAUCAAUUUUAGAUUGUCAUUAAAUUAAGAGAUUUAGUUAUUUGCACCGUGCAAAGUAUCAACGAUGACAAAUCAUAUAUGUCAGCUUGAAAACGGUUACAUCAGAAAGAUUACUGGUAUAUCAAGAGGUAGGGACUGCUGCGUACGAGCAGUUACUUGUAACUAUUCGUGCCGGCAGUGUCGUUGGUAUUCUUCAAUUGAUUGUAUUCCAUCAAACGUUUACGAAGAAAUCAUAGAAAGAGAGAUUUUCGAACAACACUUGCCAUGGAAUAUUGGUCGAUAUUGUUAUCGAUAGUGAUUGGUGCGGUCAGCAUUCAUUAUCUUUUCAAAAAUUUUAAUUUUUUUAAAAGACAUGGUGUUAUACAUAUACCGUCUGUUCCACUAUUUGGAUCCACGGCAUCACUCAUAUUUCGUCGAGAAUCAUUUGCCGAUUUCUUCGUGAAGAUAUACAAUUUCAAUCCAGACGCAAAGUAUUAUGGAUUUUACGGCACGACAAAUCCAUUCUUUUUACUUCGCGAUCCAGAGCUCAUUAAGUCAAUUCUUGUUAAGAAUUUUGAGGCAUUUCCAGAUCGUCGUGGUUUUGCCAACUUGAAUGAUCCUUUACUUGGAAAAAAUUUGUUUUCCCUUCGCGGAGAAAAGUGGCGGAACGUGAGAACUUUGUUGAGCCCAUCUUUCACAUCCAGCAAGAUGAAAAUGAUGUUUACAUUGAUGUCGGAAUGUGCUGAGAAUUUUGCUAAAUUUCUGUCGACAUUGCCGGAUAACAAAGGUGAGAUGGACAUGAAAGAUGCCUUUUCUAAAUAUACGAACGACGUCAUCGCCACAUGUGCCUUUGGAAUCAAAGUCGACACUAUGAAAGAUCCAACAAAUAAUUUCUUCGUUUACGGUAAGGAAGCGACUAGCUUCUUCUCAGGAAAGCGCGCCUUAAAAUUCCUUUUUCUCAGAACUUUUCCGACUCUUGGUCAAAUACUCAAUAUAAGGCUUAUAAAUGAUUACGUGAUGAAAUUCUUCAAGGACGUUAUAAAGACUACAAUCGAUACUCGUGAUGCGAAGCACAUUACACGCCCGGAUAUGCUACAGUUAAUGAUGGAUAUUAGAGGCAAAGAAGACCGUAGAGAAUUAGACAUCGAUGACAUGACUGCGCAGGCGUUCGUCUUUUUCUUCGGUGGCUUCGAUACCAGCUCGACUGCCAUGUCUUUCGCAGCUCACGAGAUCGCAGCUAACCCAGAAGUUCAAAUUAAAUUGCAGCAAGAGAUCGAUAAACUUUUGGAGGAGUCAAACGGAGAAGCAUCUUACGAAUCUAUUAACCGGCUCGAGUAUUUAGAUGCGGUGAUAAACGAGACUCUUAGGUUAUAUCCACCGGUGGCCUUCUUAGAAAGAACGUGCGACAAAUCUUAUGAAUUACCACCUGCGUUACCAGGCGAGAAACCAUUCGUCAUGAAGAAGGGAAUGGUUGUUUGGAUUCCAGUUUACGCGAUACAUCGUGAUAAAAAGUACUACGAUAAUCCGAAUAAGUUUUGUCCAGAAAGAUUUUUAGACAAUAAGAUGCACAAUUCAUCUUACUACAUGCCAUUCGGAUUAGGACCAAGAAUGUGUAUAGCUAACAGAUUCGCUUUGUUGGAAGUCAAAGUCUUGCUGUUUCACUUACUAGCGCGAUGUGAAUUGAAACCUAGCGCGAAAACUCCAUCUCCGAUAAAAUUUGUCAAAAAUCUUGCAAUGAUGCCAGAGAAUGGAUUCUGGUUAAACAUUCAGCGUAGAAAAAAUAUACAUUCCAUGUUGAAAUCUGCGAUAAUGAAUGGGUAACAUGUAGAAAACGUUUGAAAUUGUAAUUGUAACGAAAAAUUACAAAUUUUUACCUGGGUUUGCUUUUUCCUUUAAAUAGUGUGAUAUUUUGACAUUUAUCACACAUAGUAAUAAUACAACUUAUUGCGAUAUAAAAUAUCACUACAUAAUAUUAAAGAUAAUUAUAGCAAAAAAUAAAAUAUUGUUAAACUUGCGUACAUUUGCACGUAAUCUUUUCCUGCUACCGAUACUAAAAAUCUAUUGUAUCAUACAUAUCACUUAAUUUAAAGAUUAAUAGUUGAAUUAUAGAGUAGAUUAACAAUCUAUUUAUCGAAAAAUUUGUAUGAAAAUCUUGAAAAAAUUCAUAUUUGAUAUGACCAUAACGAUCAGAAGACCUCAUUAACAAAAUACUAUUAUUUUGUAUAACUCAAAACGUGUAUAGCCGAAUAAAAUAUAAACAAUAAAAAAAACACUGAAAUACACAUUCGUAAUGAUACGUUAAAAUUUAAAUAGAUAAAGGAAGUUCGUGUAACUAAAUGUUCCUUGAAAAGUUUCAAAAUACUCUCUAGAAAUUAAAAUACCUUGUAACGUCUGCUAUAAUGCAUUGGCAGUUGAAUUAUAUUAGCACACCUACAUAAUGACAAACUACUAAUCCAUAAGCAACUAGAAUUUGUCAUUUAAUAACGGAGAUAAUUCGAGUGA